GGUGCCGCAGUGCCUGCCGGGAAGGAUGUGAGGCCGCCGGUGGCUGGAGAAAGAGCAGAGGCGGCGGUGGCGGUGGCGGCGACGAGGACGAGGGAGGCGCGCGCAGGCUCAGUGAUGGCGACCAUGUUGUACCCCCGUGAGGAGAAGCUGGAGAAGAUGAGCCAGGAUGAGAUUGUGUUGGGCACCAAGGCAGUGGUGCAAGGCCUGGAGACACUGCGCACUGAGCACCACUCGCUGCUGGCCGCCCUUCUCGACACCGUCAACCGGCUGGAGCAGCAGCACGAAACAAGUGCUGCCCAGGAGAAGGCCAGCCUCUUGCGCAAAUCUCUGGAAGCCAUCGAGCUGGGCCUUGGGGAGGCUCAGGUGAUCAUUGCCCUCUCCAGUCACCUGAGCGCGGUGGAGUCAGAGAAGCAGAAGCUGCGGGCUCAGGUGCGGCGCCUGGUGCAGGAGAACCAGUGGCUGCGCGAUGAGCUGGCUGGGACCCAGCAGAAGUUGCAGCGGAGCGAGCAGUCCGUGGCCCAGCUGGAGGAGGAGAAGAAGCACCUGGAGUUCAUGAACCAGAUUAAGAAAUUUGAUGAUGAUGUUUCGCCAUCGGAUGAGAAGAAUGGGGAGACGGGCAAAGACUCCUUAGAUGAUCUGUUCCCGAACGAUGAUGACCAGGGACAAGGGCAGACGCAUGGUAGUGGAGAUGCAGCAGCCCAACAUGGUGGUUAUGAGAUUCCGGCACGGCUGCGGACACUCCACAACCUGGUGAUCCAAUAUGCUUCCCAGGGGCGCUACGAGGUGGCUGUACCGCUCUGCAAGCAAGCACUGGAGGAUCUUGAGAAGACCUCAGGACAUGACCACCCCGAUGUGGCUACUAUGCUGAAUAUUCUUGCACUGGUUUACAGGGACCAAAAUAAGUACAAGGAGGCUGCUCAUCUUCUCAAUGAUGCCUUGGCCAUCCGGGAGAAGACCUUGGGAAAGGACCACCCUGCCGUGGCUGCUACCCUCAACAAUCUGGCUGUGCUGUAUGGUAAGCGGGGAAAGUAUAAGGAGGCGGAACCGCUGUGCAAGAGGGCUCUGGAGAUCCGAGAGAAGGUGCUGGGGAAGUACCACCCAGAUGUGGCCAAGCAGCUCAACAACUUGGCUCUCCUUUGCCAGAACCAGGGCAAGUACGAGGAGGUUCAGUACUACUACCGCCGCGCCCUGGAGAUCUACGAGUCUCGCCUCGGGCCAGACGACCCCAAUGUGGCCAAAACUAAAAACAACCUGGCCUCCUGCUACCUCAAACAAGGCAAAUACAAGGACGCUGAGGCCCUCUACAAGGAGAUCCUGACCCGAGCACACGAGAGAGAGUUUGGCUCAGUCAAUGGAGAGAAUAAGCCGAUCUGGAUGCAUGCAGAAGAGCGAGAGGAAAGCAAGGAGAAGCGCAAGGAGAAAGACAGCGCCCCCUAUGGGGAGUAUGGCAGCUGGUACAAAGCCUGCAAGGUGGACAGCCCCACAGUCAACACGACUCUGAAAAGCUUGGGUGCUCUCUACCGGCGCCAGGGAAAAUUGGAGGCUGCAGAGACGCUGGAGGAGUGUGCCCAGAAAACCCGCAAGCAGGGCAUGGACGCUAUUAACCAGAGCAAGGUUGUAGAACUACUGAAGGAUGGGAACCGCUCCGAGCACCGAUCAAACUGUGAGGGGGUCCUCAGCUCCAACAAGUGUGAAAACGGGAUUGACCCGGAAGACAGAGCGGCUGAGUGGUCCGGGGCGGGCUCCGGAGCCUUGCGACGCAGCGGCUCCUUUGGGAAGCUGCGUGACGCCUUGCGACGAAGCAGCGAGAUGCUGGUGAAGAAGCUGCAGGGGAGCAGCCCGCAGGAGCCCCGGAACCCAGGGAUGAAGCGGGCCAGUUCUCUCAACUUCCUCAACAAGAGUGUGGAAGAGGAAGCAAGCCAGGCAUCCAGUAGUCUAUCUGACAGCCGUGGCCUUAGCGCCAGCAACGUAGACCUCUCUCGGCGGAGCUCUCUGCUGGCGUGAGGAUCAGCUUGGCCUGCACCUACGUUGCAUUGUUGAAGACCUGGGCCACGUCCGACCUUCUGCCUUCUCUCUCUCUCUCUGUGCUGCUCUGCCUGUGACCACUUGCCCCCAUGUCUAGCAGCAGAAGAAUCGCCCACCCCCUUGUUACAAGGAUGUCCCGUCACAAUUUGCCCUGUGUGGAGCAGUGUGCACUUUCUCACACAUUCUCACACGUGUGCAUGCACUCACGCAUGCACACACACACACACACAGCCUAUGUCUUCCUCUCCACUGCAGCAUGCUGCUGUCACCCUCGUUGUUGUACUUUGCUACUGGAAAAGAAACUGUAGUUUGCUAGGGUGAGUGUGGCUCUUAACUCUGCCAUCUGUCCAUCUCCUCUGCCAGCAGUUUAGCUUCUUGUAAAGGAUAAGGUGAUCCCACCUGUGCCAAGGAACCCCUAAGCUGCACUCCUCAUGCAUAUACUGUAUGCACUAUAUGUUUUUCAAGUGCCCCCUUCCUGUGAAUGCUAAGAAUGUAUCUCUUUUGGUGGGGAGGAGGAAUCUGUGUCUUUCAGAACCCCCCCCCCAAAAAAAAAUGAGUGGGCAGAGAGAGGCUUCUUACAGUGCUCCUAAAUAAGCAAUGCUACGCCCUACUGUAGCAAACCUCUGCGAGAACUGUGCCUGGGCUGAAUUACCUAACAAUUCAGUUUGAUUUGUUUGUCCCCAGAAGAGGAAGAAUUGCAGUUCCCAGGGCAUCUACAGUUACCCUUUGCCAUGUGAAGUCUCUCUUUUCUUUUCCCGCUAUGGUCUUCUCCCCAUCUCUUUGCUUUGCAUUCUUGUUUUGGCCUCAGGGAAUCGCUGUUCCUUUUCAAAGCCCCAACCCCCCCUUAUUCACUUCUUCUCCCCCAUUUUUUCCUCUUCUCUUCUUCUCUACCCAACCUCCCCAGUCUCUACUCUGCCUAUGUACAGCAGCCUCUUAAGAAUUCUUUGACUUUUCAUAGUUGUUUUGCUGGGUCAGGGCUGUGUCAUUUGUGCGCAGAACAGCUGUUGCCAGUUUUGCCAUUUCCCUCUCCAACCCCCCUAAAAUAGUUUAGGGCUAGGGGAAGAAGGCAGCUGUGGAGUCUUAUCUCCACAGUUUCCUGUGUCAUGGAGGCUGGUGCUGUCAUGCUAGCAAAACUACCACCCACUCUUUUUUAUCAACAAAACUUGACUACAUGGCAUUUGCUGUUUCCCUUCCUUCUGGACUGAGCAAUAGCAAGGCAUUGUGAAGCAGGAAUGGCUGGCCUUCAGCGCUGGACGUUGCACUUUCUGGGUCAUUCUACACUGGACAACAAAUUUUCCUGGAAUAUUUGUCUCUGUUUCUAUCAGACCGAUGCACGGGAGUGCAGUGUAGGGGACUUUGGAUUCCAGGCAUUUUCCGUCUGCUGGGAGGAGUAUGGCAUUGGGAGCAUGAAGGUGUGGGUGAUGGACGGUGGAAAUUAAAGUUCUUCCUUGUAAUAAUCACCAUAAAUCAGUGCUGGAAAAUAUUAGCCCAACCCUUCACUCUAUCGUGUGACCUUAUUAAAAAUCACGUUAGACCUGUAAGCACUAUAAAUGGAGCUGCCUUAUUUCCUGGUGAAGGUUUUAAGCUGCAGCUGCAACCUGGCAUGUGUGGCGGAAGAGUAAGGAAUUUGAGCCAUUCUCUCAGUGGCAGCCAAGCUGGCCCCCUCCAUGUGACGUUGGACUUCAACCCCAAUCAUCCCCGACCACUGGACUUGCUGAUGGGGAAUUGGGAGUCCAGCAGUGCUUGGGGGAGAUCACCACUUCUGUUCUAAAUUGACCCACCCCUCCAGGAGAGCUUUCUCCUUUGACUCUGCUGCUAUCCUAGAGUUUCUAGGCCAAGGAUCUGUGUGCCUUUUAGUAGCUGUUUUAAGAGGUGAGCAUUUCAGUGGUUGCAAAUUCUCCAUUCUGCCUCGGUCGGGAGGCAAACUCAGCUGGUGUUGCUCCUUCCUGCACAGCUAUUAAAAAGCAUGGGUGGGGGGUCCUUGCGGUUUAAAGCUGGUGACUUUCCUUUGCCUCUUCAUUAGUUGCUCUCUUAGCUCAGUAUUUAAGCGAGAAAAUGUUAUUUAAACCAACAAAAAAA